AAAUUUUUAUAUCAUGCACGAUGAACAAGAGCUAUAAAAUAUCACGAGACAAAACUUACAAUUCAUUCGCAUGAUAGUAUUCACAUGUAAUUUAUUUACUUUUUGUCCACACUUUAGGUAUGAUUUCUAUACUCAAUAUAAAACAAUACAAACCUGCAAAAUUAGCAAUGAUCUACAAUUAAAAUGCAACAUGUAGUAAACAAGAAAAUAUACACAACAUUUUUUUGAAAAGACAAUAUAUUUUUUGAAAAGAUAAGAUACCGAACUUCACUUAAAUGCUUCUAACUUUUGAACGGUACAUUUUCAGACCCAAGUUCUAAUGUGAUUAUUGAUCAGUAUUAAAUUUGUGAUCGAUUGAUAUAUAACAUGACCAUAUUUGGGAAAUUACGCCCUUAUGCAUUUUUUGCGCCCUUCCGCCAUCUUUCCCGCCAAACAACCAUGAACCAAAAUGGGAAAGUAAGUUUUUUCUGACCUUUCUAUCAUGUACUUUCAGGAUUUGAAGUCAGACCUAGUGUACAUUGAAGUGCAUACUCAACCCCCCCAGGCUCCUAGAGUACCACUGCCUCGAGGUACAGCAAGCAAACUUUACAGCAAUCUUUCAUUUCAAACGAGAACAAGAAGAAAAGAAAUUACAAUCGUAGAAUUUUGAGUGUUGAUAAUGGCAGUUUCACGCCGCUUAUAUUUUCAAUUCACCGAAGCAUGGGUCGCGAAUGCAUCACUUUUUACAGUCGGCUUUCGGAAAUGAUAGCGGAUAAGAAGAACAUACCCAUUUCAACUGCAGUCACACAUAUACGCACAAAACUUUGUUUUGCUCUGUUGAGAUCUGGUUUAAUAUGUUUAAGAGGUUCGAGAAGUUUAUAUAAAAAGUUCGAUGUAGGAGAUGAUAUUGUGGUUGAUCAUGAAAUUUCAAAGUUAACGGUUAAAACGUUAGCUAGGAAUAUGUUGUGUUAUGUCGUGAAUUAGUCCCUCGUAGUCAUAUAAUGUUCUACUUAUUGUUGUAAAAUUAUGUGUAAAGAAAAUAUUAAUUGCAAAAAAAAAAAAAAAAAAAAAUGUUUCGUGCGCACCCUACAUGCACUCAAUUAAAAACACGAAAAAAGUGUGUGCACAAAGCCAUGUGGAUUAUGUUAUGCUGGAUGUCAUAAGAUGGCAAGGUUGUUGGCCAAUGUAUCCAGCUACUGUUCUGGACUUUUGUCUGAAAAGUCAACUGUUAGAAAGCAAGCUGCUACAAAGUUGGCCGUGUUAUUAAAAGAUCAAGAAAUCAUAAAAGCACUGGAUUGUUCUAGCAAUGGUGCUGAAAAAAGUGAUAAUUCUACCUGGGAGGGUGUCAUCCGUUGUGUUGGAAGUUAUGUUUAUGCUGAAAUUGAUUUUGGCACUUGUGUUAAAAGCACAAAUUUUUCUGUUAGAAAACACCAGGAAGCUGCAGAGUUAUAUCAGUAUGUAGUCCAAACAGCUGAGAAAAGAAAUCACUUACAAAAGGCAAGCCCAUUAUUGACUCAUGUUCUUACCAUAAUUUCAAGUGUACACGGAAGUAGUCCUGUGGUCAUAAUUUAUUCAAAUGUGAUGUUGAAGUCAAUCUUGUCUAACCAUAAACACUGCUGUGAACUUGGUGUCAGCAGAUGGCAUGAGUUUACAAGAUAUUAUUUUCAACUUCUAUUGGAGCCACUAAAUUCAAACAUUCACAUUUUGUGUGCAAAAGUAUUGGUGCAGUUACUUAUGAUUGCAGAUAAACUGCCAUAUAUUGAUGUAGAUGGAAAUGUUGAAUAUUUUAUAAAAGUGUUUCAUUAUAACAGACACACAAAACAUUUUACCAUCUUAGAAUUGCUUUUAAAAGCAGUUUGCACAUUUGCAUCUGUAUCCUACAUUAGUGCACAGAAGUCAAUAUAUAUUCUUGGAGACACUUUAUUUCCUGUUUUAAGAUGUUUCUGGCACUAUGAGGUGCUUUCCAUUAAGAUUUCACUGGUACACUUUUUUAAAGUUUUAACUAUUGUAUAUUCUAUGAUGGAGGAGGCAGGUAUAGAAGAUACUGAUACUACUCAUAGUAAAGCAAAGAAAUUCUUUGAAGAACUCUAUGAGAUUGUAUACGUGGAAUUUGAACAGUUCAAAAAUAGUGAGUGUCUGGACAGAUCUGUGUGUGACACUGACGAAAUUAUAUUUCUGGCAGCUGCUACUAUAAAAAAGCUCAGUUUUCAGCAUUUUGGUUACAUGUUCAACAUAGAAAUCAUUCAUGUUAACCUUAGCAAGGUUAUGGCUAAUCUAUCAACAAAGCAUACAUCUAGCAAGAAACAUAAGAAGUUUAAAGCAACUAUAAAAGCACCAUGGGAUGCAAUUGUCGAUGGCAUUUGUAAAUCUAAUUCAACAAAAUCGUAUACAGUUUGGCUUCGAGUUAUUGUGCAGUUGCUUAAAGAAAGGGAAAAUGCUGUUUUUUCGAAAGAACAAACUAAUGUACUCAUUUCUACAUUUGUUGCAUCCCUGGAUGAAAGGUCCAGUGAUGCCACUAGAUCAUUGAUUUUGGAAAUAUUAUGUGCUAUCCUGGAUGGUUACUUUGUUUUCUUUGGACUUACAGAAGAAUUACAAGAUCAUGUUAAGGAGCUCAAGAGUGCUAUGGAUUUUAGUAAAUCGAAAGUGAACGAAAAACACUUAAAUAAUUUGAUUGGAAUAAUAAUAAAGAUUGGGUGUAUGGAAUGCACGGAUGCUUUUAAUUAUGUGAUUUAUAGUGGCUGCAAACCAACAAAUGAAUCUGUGAAAAUGUUGUUUGAUGUCUUACAAAGAUCAUUCUUUCCUGAAAACUAUGACCAGUAUGUAAAUCAAACAGUCCAACAACUAAAAUUGCGGGAACAAUUAAUCAGCUGGUUAUUACCACUUAAUGAAGAUGUCCUUCACUGCCUUCAAUGUUUAGACAGGGAGAGCUUUCACAUCUACUGCUCAUUGCUGGCUGCUCUUGUUUCCUGUAACCCAGUUGAAGUAGGAAAGGCUUUACAGUCAUGGUUUGAACAAUCAGAAGAAUAUGUAUUUGUUGAGAUCUCUGGAAAGAAUAGCUAUUCCCAUAUUUAUGACCAUAAAGAUGAGAAUAUGGCGUGUGGAUGCAACUGCAUAGAGAAACACUUUCUAAAGAAAAACCUGCUAUCCACAAAAAUUGUCAAUUUUUUGGAGAAAAGACUGAAAGAUGUGUUGGCCAUGAUAUCUGUUCAGGUGGCCCAGAAAUCCGAUGAAAAUUCUCUGACCAAAAUUCUUGCGUAUUGGUCUGGAUUUAGUGCAGUGGUUUUUAAACUGCAUAAUUCUAUUUUUCACUGCUUCACCAAUAAUAAUGCAUCUAAAAUGCUGAUGAAUUUGUUUAACAUUGGCCUUGGCAGUAUGAUUUUGCUACUAAAACAAGUGUUUCAGAGAGACAUAGCAAAAAAAGAAAAAAUAAUGAUUAUCAAUCAAUGUUUGGAGAAACUUCAAUUAAGUCUGAUGCUGUUAUGCAAAGAAUUGGAAUCACUUGGUCCCUUGGAAGAACUAAUUGCAGUGCUUAUGAAUAUAUUGCAAGAAAAGGACCUUAACAUUUCCCAAGAGAUGUCAUUCUCAGCCUUUUCAUUACAAAAUGUGUCAACUGUCACAGAUGAAAGAGAAGAUUGUGAUACAUUCAUGGAAGAGCUAGAAGGCUCCAAGAACUUUGAGACAGUGAAAGGGAAACAACGACAAAUGCUUCGCCUUUGUUAUGAUAUUUUGGCAAAAGUUUUAUUCGCAUAUAGACGAUUCAGUAAGACAAGGGACGCUUUCAUGGAUAUGCUUAAAAAACCGCAGAAUGGUCUGUUAGAAGAGAGUACACUUUUGAUGUUAAGUACAGUUUGUGAAGUUAUUGAGCAAGGUGGCAAUAAUAUUUCAUCAAAAGAAUGCAUCAAUAUAACACAUUGUAUCAGGAAUCAAUUGUCGUUUUAUCGAUCUGAUCAAAAUGCAUGUUUACAGCUCCUUCUAUCCAUUAAAAUUAUGAUUAAGUUUUUAUUUGGGAUGGAUGAUGAACAUACCAUUGUGCAAUCAAGAUCAAUUCUUAUAAAAAUAAUAAAGACUUUUUGGUUACUGAGAAAUGAGAAAUACUGUCCCCAUGUGAGGAUAAGGAUUGCAAGUGUUUUAGAGAUUUUAGCAAAGGUUGACAAAGAUAAUGAAACCUACAGGAUGAAAGUACAUACUUCAUCAUCGUCAGGUAAACAAGAAAAUACUGCAGCAGAUAUGUUGUAUGAAAUGUUACUUGAUCAAGAUAUCAAUGUCAAAAUUGAUGUUGCUGGUAGAAUGGGAACUGUUUUAAACAUUGUUUCGGUGGAACUUCAGGAAAACCACUUCAUCUCAAUCUGUAAAAUUUUGGAUAAACUUGCUUCCAAUGGCUCUAAAACAUUGUGCAUUGAUGGUUUUUUGCAUGUAAACUUGACUAUAUUGGUUGUUAUAAAAGACAUUAUUUUAAAAAAUGUUGCUCUUGAAAACAAAGCACUGUGGAUUUUAUUUGAGUUUUCCAGAAAUGGUGUGUUGCGUCAAGCCAAUGUGAAGAAGUUACUGGAAUGUUUAUCAAAGUAUUUUGGGUAUAAUAACCUUAAAGAUUACAUGCAGCCUAAAAUGGGAUUUCUCCUAUAUAACACCAUAAAGAACAACAUAUCCACUGAAGAAUUUCCUACGCUUUGUCUUGGCUUAGAUCACAAGGACUUUUUUAGGAAUUACUGCAAAGAAAUAUUUUCUUACCUUGUGUUUUUCAAUAAAUUUGAAGAUAUCAAUAAGAUUCACCACAAGUUUCCGUUUGUUGAAGAGAAGAUAGAGAUGCUGAUUAAUCACUUUGCUUCAAUAGUCGCACUUUCCCUUCCACUACAUUGUGAGCAAAUAAAUAACAAAUUGUUAGAGAUCAACAAAAGCAUUCACUUGAGAGGACUGGAUCAUUUCCGUUCAACACUAACCACAGAGAUUUUCAACAAAGAGCUAAAAUAUAACAUUGAAGAAAUCGUUUUUAAUUUGAGCCUUCAUAUGUAUGACGUUGAUGAAGAAAACAAAACUAAAUGCCCCAAAACAAGGGAAUGCACUUCGUACUACCCAGCUUUCACUUCAUUUGCUAUUUCUGAUGUGCUACUGCAUCUCGCCAGUGGAUACAGGGCAAAUAUUGGUGCUAUUGGCAUUUUCAUCAAAUAUCCAAAUGUCACAGUAAAUGUGUUGAUGAGAUUGGCAAUACGGUUUUGUACAGCAAAGAGAUUUUCUGAUAAAGUAAUCUCACUCAAGACAUUUAAUUGGUUUGCUAGAUUUAUUGUUCAAUAUUUAAAAGAAUUUGAAGAAUCUUGUGGAAAUUAUGUUAUUCGAGAAUUGGUACAUCGUGUAUUAUACUUCAUGGAAGAGAAGUUUGACUUGUGUCAACAGAAUCUCCUGGAUAACAUUUGUUUUGAUCUGCUUGAGUUUUUUUGCAAAGAAGCAAUCAUGUAUGAAUAUUCACGAAAAGAACUUAAAAAGCAUCUAAAUUUUAUUAUUGACAUGUUACUUAUUUUCAUAUCUGGCAAGUCACCACUAAAAAGAUCUAGGUCAUUCCAACUUUUGGAUAUUCUUAGUAUCACAUUCAAAGAUUUCCUGAAAUUGGAUGUUACAGAGCUGUUAGAACAUCUGCAAAGUUACCCACAGCGUCAUUUGUUUGCCACUCUAGAAGAAAGAUUACUGGCUCUCCAAUCUACUGAUCAAAAUCCACAAAAACAAUUUAUCUAUUUGGUACAACAAAUGCAAAAUAAAAGCAUUAAAAGAAAACACUUCUUACUGCAAAAACUCCAAAAGCUGCUACAGAUUCAUGCAGAGAAACUUGAUGUAUCACAUGAUGUGUUAUCUAACCUUAUUGGUACAAUAACGAAAUGUUGUCACUCCCACGAAUUAGGAUCAGAAUUACUUACUGUCGAUUGUUUGGGACUACUUGGGAGGGUGAAUCGAACUUACCAAACUUGGGAAAACUUAGACAUCCAAAAGAAAAAUCAUCAAAGAGAUCUAAUUGAUGCUGCUGUUACAAUAUGUAUAUCAAAGAAUGCAUCAAUCUCUGGCAUAGCCUUGGAAAGUUUGCAAAACAUGCUAGUAACACAUGAUGUAAAAUCAUAUGAGAAGACAAAUGAGAACUUUAUUUAUGUCAAAUCUUUCUUGAAUAACAAGAGGGACUCUUUGAAGAGUAGUUUAAAAUCUCCAUCAAACGCCAGCUUCAUAAUAUUACCACAUGAUCAGUUAUCAAUCCAUAGUAAGUUAAAUUGCGAAGAUUGGUUAAGAAUAUUGGUUGAUGUUUUAAUGAAGGUUGUUCAAAGCAACUUCUUAGUACAAACUGACCGUCUGUGUCAAGUUCAUACUUUAUUUGGUAAUCUCUGCCUGCCAGUGUUGCUACAAGAUGUUUUGCAAAAGCAUGAUAAUCAACAUGUGAUGACCCAAUUCUUUAAUAAGUGGGUAAACUCAUUCUUGGCACUUAAAAAAAAUGCUGUGCAAAAAAAAGAUGCUGAAAAGAAAAUGAUCGUAUUAAUCAAUCUAAUACAAGAGCUUAGAAGACAUAAUGUACCAAGCUAUAUUGUUAAGACGAGCACACCUUGGGAUAACAAUUUUUGGCUGGACAUUAACUAUAAUGAAUAUGCUAAUGCAGCUUUCCAUUGCUCAUUGUAUUAUGCAGCUGCAAUGUUUCUGGAAAUUGCUUGUGAUUCGUUAAGGAAAAAUGAUAUGUUUGAGUACAAUUCAAACAAUAAACCAACAGAUCUAAUAUGCCAGGUAUAUGAGAGUAUUGGUGAGGAAGAUUACAUUUAUGGACUUGCUGCUAACAAUUCUGUUAAAAGAAGUUCAAGAUUUCAACAAUACCAACUACAAAAACAGUUUCAAAAGGCUUUGUUGAUGAAUGACGUGGAAAGUUCAACCAGAGCUCCCAAUGUAGAUAUCCCCAAUAUUUUGUUGAAAUGUGGCUUGUGUCAUUCUGCUUGGAUUUAUCUAAAUGGAUUACCUGAUCAGGAGAAAAAAAAGUUAUCUGAAGUACAGUUUGAAGCAGCUUGGAGAAAUUCUAUAUGGAAUGAUGUGGAAAUAAGAUCGAAAAGUAUGAACAGCACUGGCUAUCACAAGAGUUUAUACCACAGUAUAAACUCGCUGUAUUACUGGGACUAUGACCAAUUUGCUCAACAUGUUCGCAAUGUUAAAUUGAACAUCGUUAAUGAAAUGAGUAGAAAAGUCCCAAAUCCUGCAAAUCAGCAAGUGUUAUUAUCUCGAUGUUUCACAAUAAAUCAGUUGGAGAGGGUUGGCUUUGCAGUUCUAAGGAGUGAGAUUCAUGAGCUAAAUUUUCCAUCCAAAUGGUCGCAUGUAUUUGACUUUUAUGAUGUUUGCUUCAGCGCAGUUAGUGAAGCACUAAAAAUAGCUUGCCAACAUACACCUAAGAAUCUUCUUCAAGAACUUCUCCUGAGAACAACGAAUUUUGUUCAAAGUUUUUGUAAACAUGCCAGAAAAGAAAAAAGAUUCGAGGUAGCAGAAAGAAUCAUUUCUACACUUCAUUCACUUGAGCAAUUUGGAUCCCUGACAUUGAACUGGAAGUUAGAAGAAGCCAAAUUGUUCUGGGACAAAGGGGAACAAACAUAUGCUUUGAAACUUUUGGAAUCUCUGAAAGAGAGUAAUAAAGCAGAUAAAAGUUAUCCUAUUAUCCUUGGUUUAUAUGGAUAUUGGUUGGGUGAAACAAGAAGUCAAAACCCAGUUCGCAUUAUGAAUGACUAUUUGCAGCCAGCAAUUGAAAUAAUGACAAAAAAUUCAUAUGAUGGAUUUUACAGUCCUAUUCGUGCUUAUUUUUCACUUGCUAAAUAUGCAGACUGUCGAUAUCAAGAUAUUUCUGGUUACAUGAAAUCACAUGUACAUAAGAGAAAACAAUCAGUAACAAGGACAGUACAGAUUGACAUUAAACAUUUUAAAUCUUCACCAUCAAGACAACAUGAUGUAAAAGUAAAACGACACUAUAAAAAUUUGGAAAAACAAUGCGAAGAGGAUGAAAAAGAAAUUUUACAAUUGUAUAAAGAUCAAAAUGGAUUUUUGGAAAAGGCUGUAUAUAACUAUGUUAAGUGCUUAGAGUGUGGUGAUAAGUUUGAUUUGGAGGUAUUGCGACUAUGUGCGUUGUGGUUUGAACAUUACAUGGUUGAAAGUGUUAAUCGAGAACUGAAGAGUGGAUUUCCGAAAAUUGAGUCUCGCAAGUUCCUUAUUGCUUUGUAUCAAAUUGCUGCACGAUUGGGAAUGAAAGUAGCUAAUGAAUUUAUAGCAUUUAAAUCAAUAUUGGAAAAUCUUGUAGAAAGAUGCGUAUUGGAUCAUCCACACCAUUCUAUUUUUAUUCUCAUGGCUUUAUGCAAUGCUGAGGUACAUCUGAAGACAAAAAAGAGAGGGAAAUGUUCAUACUCAUCAAGUAAUAACUCUGAUCCCGCAGAACAGAGAACACAGGCAUCAAAAAAUUUGUUUGAACGUGUCAGAAAAAAUGCAUCUAAGAUUACUUACGAAGCAGAUUUAUUAUCCAAAGCUUAUCUUCAAUUAGCUGAAUGGGAUAUUGGCCAAUGGAAGAACGAAAGAGGUCCUUUUAAGAUCCCUGAGCAUAAACUUGUCAGAAAAAUUAAUUGUCUUUUUUCUGUUGCAAUUCCGACAUUAGAAUUGAAGAUUGAUCCCUUAUGCAAGUACUCUAGUAUAAUUUAUAUUACAAAGUUUGACUCAACUUUUAAUCACGCUGGUGGUAUAAACCUUCCAAAAAUAAUAUCUUGCCUUGGAUCAGACGGAAAGUGGAGGAAACAGCUUGUCAAGGGUCGAGAUGACUUGAGACAAGAUGCUGUUAUGCAGCAAGUCUUUGGAUUGGUCAAUAUACUUCUCUGGAAUAAUCCUGACACCAAACGAAAGUCAUUACACAUGAAAACAUAUAAGGUUGUACCAUUGUCAAGUCAGAGUGGACUUAUGGAAUGGUGCGAUGGCACCAUACCUCUUGGUAAUUAUCUUAUUGGGGUACAUGGUGGUCAAAAAGGGGCACACCAAAGGUAUUAUCCCAAUGAUUGGACUGUUAAAGAAUGCAGAAAACGAUUAACGAAUGCUACGCUGCAUGGUGGAACUUGUACGAAACAUGAUACUUACUUGGAAAUAGCAAAAAACUUUCGACCGGUAUUUCGACAUUUUUUCUUUGAAAAAUUCGGAGAUCCAUUUGUAUGGUUCUUGAAAAGAUUAUCAUAUACAAAAAGUGUUGCUGUUAGUUCCGUUGUUGGCUAUAUUGUUGGAUUAGGAGACCGACACUGUCAGAAUAUUCUAAUUGAUUGCAACUCUGCAGAAGUAGUGCACAUUGACUUAGGUGUGGCAUUUGAACAAGGGAAGCUUUUGCCGACUCCAGAAACUGUUCCUUUUCGACUUACUCGAGAUGUUGUUGAUGGUAUGGGGAUUGUUGGAAUUGAAGGAGUGUACCGACGUUGUUGUGAACAAACAUUGAAAGUUGUGCGAAACUGUAACGAAGCUAUUCUUACUAUAGUCGAGAAAUUUCUAUACCUGUUACCUUAAUCGUAUAGAUCUUGAAACACUGAUCAAGAAAAUGUAUAGGAUGAUGUAUUUUUGACAAACGGUUGCAGAGAUAUUUGGGUUUAAAGGCUUUUGAUGACGUCAUUAACCCGUCCAUUCCGAAACGGAUCGGGAACACAGGUUUGUGAAAAUUACCCAAAUUGAUCCUAGGUGGUCCCUUGUUACCCUCCCGGUGAAAAAUUGUUGACGUCACCACCUCGUUUCCAAGUUAUUUGGCCUCGAAGUUUUAGGUGUACUGUAAUGACUUCAUUAAUUUAAUAUAGGAUAUUGACGUUAAAGUAGUGUUAUUGACGUCGCGUCGUAACGUCAGAAAAUUUAACAUAUUAGACAUGCAAUUUUUGGCUACAACAAAGGAAAAUAAGCAAAUCAACUUUGCCUGUUACAGACACACUCCCCGUAUUAUUAUAAGAGACUAGUCGAUAAGGCCCGUGGGAAAAUCCACUUAGCAAAUGCCAUUAAGAAAAUAAGUUCCUUUAGAUGUUUUCCUGACGUAAGCAAUGCAUAUACAAAAAAAAUGUUCUUAAAAUUUUACCCAAAAUGUCCAAUGUCAAAUCUUACACAAAAUAAAAAAAGAACAGCUUGCAAGGUGCAAAAUCUUGUUGAUAAAAAGUUACAACCACGACACUCACAACAUCGACACUCACAACACCAAUACUCACAAAACCGACAGUAAGAACACCAACAGUCACAACACGGAUAAUAACAAUGUCAGAAUAACGCAUCUCAAAUAUGUACAUCUUAUAAGUGAUUAUGUUGAAAACCCUCAGUAUUAUAUUCUGAAAUGUCAAAAAAGAUGGCCUACAUUUUAAAUAUUUUCUUUCCCUUAAAAGCUUAUACAAAAAUAUGAAAAAGCCAUAGUUUAGAAAACAUUAAAUGCAAAUCUACAAAAAUCAGUCAUUUCAGUUGCAUACCAUUCUCUCCCACAAAAAUUUACAGAAAAUGUAAAAAUCAACCAGUUAAGAACACAAAAAUUUUUCUUUUUUGGCAUGAUGAUCCGUACUGCACUUUACCAACAAUUCUGAACCUAAAUGUCAAAAAAUCAAUAAGCAAAGAUAAACUUGAAUUAAAAAAGAUCAUUAUUUUGGAAACAUUGUGUACGGUUUGUAAACAAAAGUUUACACAAAAUGUAAAACAGAUUGUUUUUUGAGAAACACCUCUAAAUCAACGAAAGUAAUUUCAUUAGGCAUGUCGUAUAUUACCAUUACCUUUCAAUCUUCCAUAAAAAGGUUGUGAAACACAUCAAAAUUUAGAAAAAUCAGUCAUUUCAGUGAAUACAGUCAUCGCCCAUUAGAUUACAAAAUCAGAAACAAAACAAUAAUAAAUAACUUAACACACACACACACUUUAAAUUCUAUAAAAUUCGUUCCACUUGUCAUAUUGCAUAUGGUCCCCGUUGUAAAGUGCACAGGUAAUGUGAAAAAAAUUAUAGAUGAAUCUCAGCCUGACGUCAUUUGUUUACUUUUUAGGGGUAAGCUCCUUGGCUCUGGCUUUUGCGUGGUAGGAAAAAAGAUGCUAGGAUUUGGUGAAAACAGGUCUUUUACUGCGGAUUUCUUCUAACGGGGACAUUGUUGGGGUUAUAAACUAUUAUCGAGUGUAGGUUGAUGGCUUCUGAUUUAUUUGAAUUCAUUAAGAAUGCCUCGUUUGAAGAAAUGAACUGAUAAUUACUUUGCUUCACCUAGCACCCCAAUCUUUUUCCCUGCAACGCAAAUGCGAAAGCCGAAAGAGCUUAUCACUGAAAAUGUAAACAACGGAAUUCAUCUAUACUCUAUUGACAUAAAAAGAAGAGGCAAAAGUAAAGUAAAAUUAAUAACGUUUUUUAGUCAGCCAACAGCUUUAUGUAGCAUUUUGAAGCAACAAAACGUAAACAAAUAUGGCUACAUACGCGGUAAAAAUAAAAAUGUGGCUUUUUCUGGGAAAUGCGAGUCUGCUUGAUCCACUGACAUAAAAACCAAACGUCUAAAAAUAUCAAAGUACUUACUAUUUGUGUUUUCAAAUCCACUUUAACCUCCAGCCUUUCUACUUCUAACUUUACUUUACAUCUAGCUUCACUUCUCACUUCACUUUUCUCCUUCUUCACUUGGUCUCUUUUCUUUUUAAAUAUAUAGCUAUGCUUUUUUGAACCACUUUUUUCCGUUUUUUUCAAGGUAAAGGAUCGUUCUUCUGUGCUUUUUUUUAGUGAUCUUUAUUUUCUACUUCUAAAUUUACUUUACUUCUAGCUCCACGUAGCUCCACUUUCACUUCCAACUUCACUUUUCCACUUCUUCACUUGGACUUUUUUCUUUUUAAAUAUGCUUUUUUGAACCACUAAUUUUACUUUUUUCAAGAUCUUUCUUUUGGGUUUUUUUUUGUGGUGAGAGGACACCAAUUUUUGAAAGUUAGCCGUUAAAUUUAUUUCAGCAAAUCAAAUUGAGUCGUUUUCAUCACGUGAUGUAAACAAAGUAAACCUGCUAGCAAAAUGGACAUAAUUUUUUCGGCGACUUCAAAAAUAAUUCCGGCAACAUCAAAGGAAAAUGACGAUAUCAACUUUGCCUGUCACAGACACACAGAACUGGCGUAUUAUUACAUAGAUGUGCAUUUGCUUGUCUUCUAUUUGCAAUCUGCUCAACAUUUUGCCUUUGUCUAGCAACAGCUUUUCUUUUAGCAUCUGGAGCAUGUUUAUUGGCAGCGUGAUCAGUAUUUUCUAAAUGACGUGCAGCAUUAGUAUUAUUAAUAAGUGUGCGAAGUUUCAUGUAUUUACUAUUUAACUAUUACCACUAAAAAAAUCUUAAUCCUUUUGAGAAUCUGCUUUUACUUGUCCAUGAUUUUAAACUCAAAAAAGGUUACUUUUUUGGUUUAUACUGCGGUAUCUUUAGACAAGUUGAAACAACAUGACUACGAAGUUUUAAACACGGCUAGAAGCAUUUAAAAGCCAUACCCACUGGGCAUCUAGUUGUGUCUAAGCCAUUCUAAAUUUUACUGCUUAAAUUAAAGUGCAGUCUGCCUAUUUACCUUAUUAAUCCCAAUACUUUCUGGUGAAGAUUAACCAGCUAAAUAAUUCUGCUGGUGGAGUAUAUGUAAGCAUUUCUUAAUUCAACAUAAAGUAGCGUGACACAGCAACAUCUCUCACACUGCAACUCAUAAUCAUCAAACUUGGCGAGAUCAAACGUAUAGACUGAGCUUUCGAGGGUAAUAUUUUUCGGAAGAGAUAGAUGAAACAGUUUAUAUUGUAUUUAUUAACUGAUAGCUAUUUGUUUGUGCUCGUAGAAACCAGGAUAAUUUUUCAAAGAUUUUCUUUUGAAAAGGUUGUAAAAACCAGGUUUUGAUAAAGAAAAGAAAACGUUCGAUUCGAAUUUUAUUGUAUCAAUUUUUCAAAUACAUCAUAGUCACAGGAAAAAAAAUAGUCUGGAUACAAGGGCUGUCUUACUAAUACCAUUAUGGGCAGAGGUUGAAAAUUAGGGGGCCCGUAUAAUAUAAAUGCAAACAUUCGCGGUGAAGAUGGCUGAAUUGAAUGCUUUUUUGGUAGUGAUCCAGGUACUAAUGUAGUUCUCCUCGUGUCUAAAAUAAAGUAGUUAAAAAGUAUAUGCUAGAAAUAUGUAAUUUCCAUAUCCCUGCCUAUUACAUUAUAUACUGAAGAUGAAGAAAGGGUUGGCUGCAAGUAACUCACGCUUUCUGACUUUGUUCUGUUCAAAAUUGGACUUUUUUCUUUUUAAAUAUGCUUUUUGAACCAGUAAUUUUACUUUUUUCAAGAUCGUUCUUUUGUGGGGUUUUUUGGUGGCGAGAGGACACCAUUUUUCGAAAGUUAGCAGGUAAAUUUAUUUCAGCAAAUCAAAUUGAGUCGUUUUCAUCACGUAAUGUAAACAAAGUAAACCCGCUAGCAAAUUGGACAUAAUUCGGCGACUUCAAGGGGAAUUUCGGCAACAUAUGACGUUAUCAACUUUUCUUGUCACAGACAGACGGACACACUUAGCCAAUUAUAAUACGCCAAUUCUGUGUCUGUGUUUUGUAAAGUGGAUGAAAUUUCUUUGAUAAAGUCUAUAAAACAACGCCUAUAAAUUUGUUCUGUAAAUUAGCAAUCUUUGAAGUAAAGCAAUAUUGACGUUAAAGGAAAGUAUAUU